AUGGACAUGGUCGUGUGCGAUUUACAGGAAGCCGUCUCUCCAGUUCAGAUGAGUCCUCAGGCAACACAGCACAGAAAGAGUUUCCUGCACGAAGCAGGUGACCAGAGCAAAGUGACAAUGACAUUGCUGCGUGACAUGGCCGUGGUCAAGUCCCUGCUGCUGUUGACAUUGGGGCUGACCCUCCUGGGGGAGGUGGCAGCUCGGAAAACCCCCAAAGCUGGGGACCCUGCCCUCUGUCCCGCUCCGGAGGACCACACUGUGAGGGUUGACAUCCGCAUCCUCAGGCAGACCCAGGGUGCUCUCCUCUCACACGACUUCCAGAACCGCUCCAGCUCCCCCUGGGAUUACAACAUCACCCGGGACCCCCACCGGUUCCCCUCCGAGAUCGCAGAGGCCCGGUGCAGGCACACGGGCUGCAUCGACGCCGAGGGGAAGGAAGACAGCUCCAUGAACUCCGUCCCCAUCCAGCAAGAGUUCCUGGUCCUCCGGAGGGAGUCCCAGGGUUGCUCUCGCUCCUUCCGGCUGGAGAAGGUGCGGGUGACUGUUGGUUGCACCUGUGUCACCCCCAUCGUCCGCUACGUGCGUGGCUUGAGGGCGGCGGAUCAGCUCAGCUGA